ACGCGCUCAAGGCCGAGGCCGCCACAGGGAAGCGAAGAGUCCCAGGGACUGCGGGGGGCGGCCAUGGGGCAUGCCGCGGCGCUGGCGUGGCAGGCGCUCUGCAAGUGGAGCUACUACGUGUCGCUGCUGGGGCUGAAGAUCCCCGCGGGCCUGCUCCUCCGGGCCUCGCGGGCCCGCCUCGUGCUCGGCUUCCUCGUGGUGGCGUGGGUCCCCUUCCUGGCGUACUGCCACGCGGUCCUGCUGCCCAUGGUGCAGACCGCCAGUCACGCGAGGGCCAUCUGGCACGUCCUCUUCGCCGUCUGGGUGACCCUGCCGCUGCAGACGGUGGGCACGGUGAUCCUCCUGCGGGCCUUCUCCCCCCGGGUCUUCGCGAUCUUCCUCUGCGCCGCGGCCGGGGUGGCCUGCGUCCACUGGCUGGCGAUCCCGGCGAUGGCGAGCACCGCCCUCGGGGGCGUCCUCCUGCAUGCGCUGUUUGCCUGCUUCGAGGACGUGCCCAUCGCCGCCUGGGUCUACUGCCUGGUGUACGUCGUCCGGCUGCAAGACCACGUCCGCUCGAAGCAGAGCGGCCGCGCGAGCCCCUUCAAGGAGCCAGCGGGCAAGGAGGACUGCUUGCUGAUCGUCGGGAACGCCCCGACCGUUACGGACGGCGCGCCAUUGGGGUCCGUGAUGGACAGCUUCACCAACGUCGUGCGCUUCAACCAGUACUCCGUAAGCAGGCCAGACCACACCGGCUCCAAGGUGAACUUCCACUUCUGCAACGGCCGGAACUUCCCGUCCUCGAAGACCGUGACGGCGGUCUUGCCGCUCUUCAACGCGUCGCUAACGCACGCCAUAUAUCUCUACAUGCCUCACCUCGAAGACGCGGCAGACAUCUACGCCAACCUGACCCACACGAAGGUAGAUGCAUGGUUUGUCGAGGAGGAGCGGAUCCAGCAGCUGCGGCGGAAGAUCGGGUGCCGCGUGUGGCAGAUCCCGACCUCCGGCAUGGUGGCCAUAGACAGCUUCCUCUCCAGGCGCCAGGAGGUCUUCCUCCACGGCUUCAACUUCUUCGAGGGCAAGAAGAUCCACUACUUCGAGGAGUCGCCCGUCCAGCUCAUCGCGUCCUGGCUGGAGCGCUUCGUUACGCACGAUCCCAGCAGGGAGAAGGCUUGGGUGGCUGGGCUCGCACAGGAGGGCCGCGUGUCCUUCUUGUCCGCGACAGGCAGAGGGGGCAGCAAGGAGGCCGAGGAUGCGACGAAGGAGGACGAUUCGCCUGGGAAGAAGCAGUCCUCGAAGACUCCGGGUCUCCUCAAGGUCCUGCUCAAGGAUGGCAUGCCGAGCCAGUUCUCCAUGUGA